GGUGGAGGAGUGACGUGUACCGAGUAUUCAUCGGACCAAACCAAGCCAGGAGGACGCGAGAAGAGCCCUACUCGUCUCGACGAAAAUCUGUUCACUUCUUCACCUUUAACUUUCGUUUCGUUUCGUUUCUGCAAGUCAGUCAGUUAGUUACUCGCACAGGAUGGCGUACCAAUUCCCCAACACCAUCAGCGCAGCGCGCAUCGCCACCUUCGUCAGCACCGCAGCCUGGAUCCAAGGCACCAGCGCGAGCGAGGCCUCGCUGCCCGAAGAAGCCCUCAACAACUUCCUACGUAGACACGGCGUCGUCGGCACAAAAGUCUCCCCUAGACAAGCCACCGCAUCCGCAUCCGCGUCUCCCACCCCCGCCCCCGCAGCCUCAGAGGACGGGGACAAAGACAAAGCAGACUCAGCGUCCUCCGCAUCAUCCGUAAGCGGCGACGGCGUAGAAGAAGACGGCGCCUCGUCCGCGAGCUCCGCCGACUCCACACCAAGCAAGGGCGACAACGCCGCGGGCACAGCCGCGCAGAACCAAAACUCCAGCUCCGCCACCGCCGGCGUUGCCGGCUCCAACUCCGCGCAAGCCGGGAUAACAGCCGCGUCAUCAGGCCAACCCGCAAUCGGGUCCGCGGACCCGCCGCCGCUAAGCACAGGGGCGCAGGUCGCGAUCGGGGUGUGGAGCGCGGUAGCCGUGGUCGGGCUCGCGGCGCUGAUAUAUUUCCUCGGCCGGCGACGGCGGGCGCGGAUGGCGCGGGAGGAGAUGGAUGCGUUGCGGGACGAGGAGUUGGCGCGGGAGAUGGCGGAGCAGCAGCGGGGGACAGGGACGUUUGGAGGAGUGGGACCGCCGAUAAGUGCGGUGGCGCCGUCGGCGUAUGUGCGAGAUAGCAGGGCGGUUGGGGACGGGGCGAGGGGGAUUGGGGGUGAGGGCGGGAGCCGGGCGCCGAGCGGGCAGUGGAUGGCGACGCCGCCGUGGCAGGAGUCGGCUCCGACGUGGCGCGACUCGCAGCCGUGGAGGCAGUCGCAGCCGUCGGUUUUCGGGGCCCAGGAUCGGUUUCCGGCGGGCUCGAGGCCGCCGCUGCCGCCGUUUGCUCCGCCGAAGUCGAAGCCUGAGGAUGAUCGGCGAACUGAGUAUACGGCUGAGACGGAGAGUACGAUUUUUGCGUAUCGGUAGGGGGUGGGGUUGGGAGGUGUGUCUGAUAGUGGGAAAUAAAACUGGAAAAUGAUGCGGUAUAUUAUGUAUGUUCGUUAAGUGGAUUGAGUCUGCAGUUAUUAUGUGCGCUACUUAGUUCGGUUGUUAAUAUCAUUUAUGUCCGCUUGCAAAUUGUGU